AAGAAGCAGCAGCAGCAGCAGCAGAAGAAGCAGCAGCAGAAGAAGAAGAAUCAGAAGCAGUAGCAGCAGAAGAAGCUCGUUAGUGAAUGUGUACUUAAAAACACUGGGUUUUUGCAGUCAUGUCGCAGCAGCAGCCUCCGCCAGGAAAUCCACAGGCGGUACUUCAGCAGCCUCCACAGCAGCAGCAGCAGCAGCUCAACCAGCAGCAGGAUUUCGACCCGGUUCAUAGGUUUAAAAUGCUGAUUCCGCAAUUAAAAGAAAGUUUACAGAACGUAAUGGCCAUCGCUUCACAAAAUUUUGCACACAACACUGCAAUUGAUAACGGAAUUGCAGUGAGGGCAGAAAAGCCACUCUCACCAAGAAAGAGUAAUGAUUCCACAGUUCAGCGAUUUGACAAGAGUUUAGAAGAGUUUUACGCCCUGUGUGAUCAACUGGAGCUCUGUCUGCGCCUGGCCCACGAGUGCCUCUCUCAGAGCAUUGACAGUGCCAAACACUCUCCAAACCUGGUACCCACAGCAACAAAACCUGACACAGUGCAAACAGAAUCUCUAUCUUACUCUCAGUAUCUCAGCAUGAUCAAAUCUCAGAUAUCUUGUGCUAAAGACAUUCAUAAUGCUCUGCUGGAAUGCUCCAAGAAAAUAGCCGGAAAGAGUCAGCAGCAAGGAAUCCUUUAAUAGCGAUCAAUAUAAGUUUCUGUAAAUUUGCUUUAACUUCAUAUCCUAAGAUUGCCCAGAAGGUGUUUUUAGAUGAUGUUAAUAAAAAUGAUUUUUUUAAUGUAUGACGGGUUAAAAAUACAUGUAUUUGUUGGUUGCAUAAUUAAACUGUGUAACUGUUCAA